GACAUACAACAUUUGUUAGUUUAAUAUUGCUUACUUUAGAUAUGUUUAUUUGAAAUACAAUCUCAAUAUGUUCAUAAAUAGAUUAACUGUUUCUAAUAAACUAAAAUUAAUUAAGGUUAAAUUUUAUCCUCAAAAAAUUAUCAUAUACAACUACAGCAAUGUAAAAAAACAUACAGCUUGUAAAAUAGCAGAUUUGAUUAACAGACAAAUUCAGACUGAGCAGCAGGUAGCUCAACAUUACUUAAGUCUAGCAGUCACCUUUCUCAAUGUGAAGUCACUAUAUCAUGGGGCAGGUGGCUUUUUCAUGAAAAUGUAUUUUGAAGAGUUAGAUCAUAUGCAAGGUUUUAUAAAAUAUCAGUUAAUCAGAGGAAAUAUACCAAAUAUAUGUGGAAUUGAGAAACCAAAUUUACCUGAUAACCUUCCAUUAAUUGAAGCAUUUAGAUACAGUCUUAAAAUGGAAGAACAAGUUAACCAACUUUUAGAAGAGAUUGUAACAGAAGCCAAUGAUAUCAAAGAUUACCACUGUGCAGAUUUUGUUACCUCAGUAUAUUUGAGUGAACAAAUCCAAUCAAUUAAUGAAAUUAAUCAUUAUAUUAUCAAACUCUCAUCAUUUGGUGAUGAUAUACAUGCUAUCCACAACUUUGACACAAGCUUAAUUAAGCUGUUUCCCUUUAGUAAUCGCUUAAAUUUAUACAAAACAAAACUAUAAAUUUAAAAACGUUUUGCUCGAAAGAUUUUUAUUCACAAGUAUGAUUAAAUUCUGUUAGUUCUGAAAGAACUUUUGUUACAUCAUCAAGCUUAUAGUCUUUUAAUAGGGUACACAAUUUAUUUGAUUGAUCCACUGUGUUGUUACCAUUAACAGAUAAUGAGCGCCAAUCCAAGUACCAUUGUACAACAAUAUCUGAAAUAUAAAACUAAUCGUUACAUAAAAUUUGCUAUGAAAUGACUUUAAAAUUAAAUUAUUUGUACAAUAACUAUAAUAAUAUAAAUAUAAAACCAAAUUUAAUCAAAAUAUUACACUGAUUGGGCAUUUCUGUGAUGAUAUUUACUAUGACAGAAAUUUCAAUGAUUACCUAUGAGUUCAUCAAAAUUUGAUUGUAAUAUUUCACUUUCUGAAUUUUUCAAAACUGUAUAAUAUUCUUUACAUAAAACAGGUUUUUCGGCGUUAAUUGCCUUGGUGUCCAGUUCUAGUAAAUCUAAAGCCUUCGCCAGAGUGACUUGGUUUUUCUUUUCAUAUGCAAUACUAAUGAUGUUUUCAAUCAAUUUGAAUGAUUUCAAACAACAAUCAUCAGGAAUAUCUGAAAUGUUUCAUAAUAUUCUAUAUUAAAGAUUAACCACCCGCAGCCUGGAAUGAA